ACCUCUCAUCCAUGGCUUCUAUAUAUAUAUAUAUAUAUAUAUAUAAUUAUAUAUACAUACACACACACAUUCACUCAUUAAUCACACAUUACUUGUAUUUUUCAGAUUUGGAAAAGCAGAAUGGCGAUGGUGGCACCGAGACUUCUCCUACUCUACAUUCUUUUCACCUUCCCCGUAGCUUUUGGCACGGACUGCUCCAGCAUGCUGAUGCUGAACAUGGCUGCCUGUCUGCCAAUUAUGACACCUGGAAGCACAAUGCAGAACCCUGAUGAAAUGUGCUGUUCAGGGCUCAAGGUUGUACUUGAAACUGGCGUUGAAUGUCUCUGUGAGGCAUUCAACAACACCAUGGUUUUAGGUGUGACUUUCAAUGUGACCAUGGCAUUGACGCUCCCCUCCAUCUGUCGUGUCUCCGAUCUAUCCAUCAGCCAUUGUAGCUUGAGCUUUGGUACAAGUCCUCCCCCAGCACCCCCUCCAUCAGCUAGCUCGGCACCAGGUGGAGUCACUGAAGUUGCACCUCCCCCAGACCCUCAUACCCUCAGUUCUGCUUCACUAGCCACAGCGUAUGAUUUGCUCGUGCUCGUCGUGGUAACCCUUGUAUCAGCACUUACUUUAUUCUAACAGCAUCUGGUGAUUGUUGAUUCUGUUAUCCCAU